AUGGACAUGGCGGAGAGCUGGGACGACGACUUCGACGGCGACCUCCAACCCCUUGGCAACAGCGUGGGCACCAACCACACCCAGACCAGCAUCUCGUCUCGUCUCAGUGUGCACUCCGAGAGCUUGGCUGGUGAUGAUGACUGGAAUGUGGUGUUACAAUCGAACGAUGAGCAGAGCACCUCCCAGGCGAUACAGUCUGCGAAACAUGCUGGCAUACCAUUACCCAUCAAUGUCCCGGCAAGCGCCUUACUUGGUGGCACCAUAAAGAGACUUGGCAAGAAGAAGAGCAGGCCAAAGAUCAACGAGGAUGACUGGGGUAUGGACUUUGAUGAGCCGGCUGCCCCUCCAGGCGGUCUGCAGCUGAAGCAGACGAAGGCGCCCGCUGCUCAUGAUGAAGAAUUCGACGAUUUUGACGAGCUGGAAGGCAGUCUCGGCAUCCGCUUUGCAGGCACCAAGCGCGAUGCACGUGGCCGGAGCUCUUCUGCCUCUGCAAUGAGUCCGAGUCUGGGUUCGGGGACUGCGGACAGUGAGGCGGGCGACUUAGGAGGUCUGGAGCUGCCAGAUGAGCCUAUGGACUUCCAAGCCAUAUUGCAGAAACGCAAAGCUACCGAAGCCGAGCUCUCCGAUCUGUCACAGCAAAGUCCUGCUAUCGAGCAGCCAGCGACAAUCAGCGUGCACAAGAAGCAUAAGUUAUUGUCCAACGACAAUGACGAUUUCCUCAAUGACCUCGAUUUUGAUGGUGGCGAGUUCUUGCAUAACAGGAAGACCCGCCUGAACAAGAACCUGAAGAUAAAGGAUACCAAACCGAUCACUCAAUCGCCGCGACCAGCGACAACGCUGAACUUCCACGACAAGCCCACGGACAAGCCUAUGCACAUGCGCUCGCAUCUGCCACGACCCGUCUCUGGCUCGAAACCUUCAUCGUCUCGGCUCGAGCCCGUCUUCGAAAGUGGUGCACCUCAUGUCCAGUCCGGACGGAGACAACCCACAACGACGGGUUCGCAAUUCUUGCGCUCCAAGCGAUCAAUGCCCGCCAUGGGAAGCCAACGGACAGUCGCUGCACCACAGAAGCCCACAUAUAUCCCUACCAGUGCCUCGAACUACAGCCAACAGACACAUGCAUCUGCACAGCGAGCGAUGGCAUACCAUCUCCGCCGAGACUCCGACCCCAACAGGCAAGGAGCACAAUCCCCUCCACCCCGGUCGCAAUCACGGCUUUCGAACGCCUUCGUGCCUGAUACACCAUCGCGUGCUAACAGACCGCCUCGGAAGGACAUGGCACCCGCUGCCUUGGCGCGUGAAGCUGCCGCGAAACGCAAUCUUACAAAGCCAGCACGAAGGCGGAAUUAUGGUGAUGGCAAUGAGCUGGAAGUGUUUGAUGACCUCCCUACUUCGCAUGCAAAGGAGAGCAAGUUCAUCAAGGAGCCCGUCGGACGCGGCCCACCAAGACCUACACUGAGGCAGACAAACAGCCGUGUUGACAUGCGUGACCCUGUGAAGCGCAGUAUUGGCAUGCCAGACAGGAUGAUGACACCUGCACCACCACGGACGCCAGCAAGUCCGACCAAAGGAUUCUACGAGCCCUCAAAAAGUAAUACGCCUAGCUAUCUUCGUGACACAGCAGCGAGCAGGAUCGCCAGAGAGUCACGCCUAGUACAUAACGGCCGUCCUCGAAGCCAGGGACCAUUGAUGCCAAUGUCGACAAACACAUUUGCCACGGACUGGAAAGCACAAAUUGCAGCACGUAGUCCUCAUACAAGCCCGAGCGCACAAAAAGUCAAGACCAGGCGAUUGCAGCCAACGCUGUUCAAGGAGAUGCCGGGCACAUUGGCAACCAAUGCGGCAGCGCGAGGCAUGGUCUACAACGCACAACGGCAAUGCUGGGAAGGCAACGAGAACGCAAUCGCACAUUUCGACUUCCCGCCACCGUUGCAGACACCUACGCCGACUGGCAAUCAACCACAAACAUCCUAUAUGGAUCGAGCUCUACAUCAAGCGCCUUCGAGCUCGCCACCGCGACCAGCGCUCAUCGCUCCGAUCUCAGCUCAAGCAACGCAAGGCGUGCAAGUGAAUGGCGGUAUGGUCUUCGACCCACGACAGAUGAAAUGGCUAAAGCUUAAAGAUGGCCGAGAUAUUAGCGGUCCCAUCUCCCCUUCCGUUACCGACGGAGAAGACGAGGAGGACGCCUUCGCCGGAAUUGACGAUCUCAAGGAUGAGAAUGCCCCUGCUGUUGGCGCCGGAGGCUCAGUUGCAGGCAUGGCUAGUCCGGUCUCUAUGGCCGCAGCUGGUGUAGGGGAAGUUCAUGAGGAAUUCGACCUGGGUCCUCGCUUCAUCACUGUACAGCGCGAGGAAGAGGCAUUGUGGCGGAAACGCUGCGAGGGGUGGUUCGUGCCGGGUCCGGCUCCAAGGCUUGAUGAUGGGGCGUGGCGGUGGGCGAUCCGGGAUAUGGUUUCGCAGCAGGAUGGCGGGUUUUAG